AUGACACUAAACGAAUUAAAUAAAAUUUUUAUUCAAGGUAGAAUUUUUAAAGUAUUAUCAACAAUAUAUGCAAAUAUAACCACCAAUUCUCACAGCACUAAAAGAGAUUUGUACUAUCAAGAUCCAAAAGUUUUUGAUUAUAGACAAAGCAUCUUGAAUAGCAUUCUUGAAAAUGUUGUGCUCUUGUUGAAGGUUCCUAGAUGUGUGCUGAAUGUGUACGCCUGCUCUAAAGGGUUGAUGGCUGGGAACUUAAAGUUAACAGAAUCAAAUGGGUUUACUAUUGAUUGCCAAUCGUUUGAAAUGGGAAUCUCGAUACCUUCACGUGUGGAAAGUUGCUCAAAACUUGAAACCGAAGCACAGUUUCUCCUGAUUGUGGAGAAAGAUGCAUCAUUUCAGCGAAUUGUUGAAGACAAGUUUCAUGAGAAACAUGGACCAUGCAUCAUAAUAACUGGCAAAGGCUUCCCCGAUGUUAACACGAGAUUGCUGGUGAAAAUGAUUUGGGAUAAAUUUAAACUUCCUAUCUACUGCCUUGUUGACGCCGACCCGCAUGGUAUAGAAAUUCUAUCUACAUACAAAUAUGGAUCUAAGUCGUUGUGCCGAGAAAACCAUAAACUAGCUGUUCCCAACAUUAAAUGGCUGGGAAUUUUACCUUCAGAUAUAGAAAAGUUGCACAUUCCCAAAGAAGCAUUGAUGCCUUUGACAAAGCUUGAUGUUAAAAAAGCUAAUCGCAUGCUCAAAAAUCAUAUUGCAGAUAACAUUUUAUGGAAAAUGGAGUUGAAAGUAUUGCUGAAACUCAAUAUGAAAGCAGAAAUUCAAUGCCUAGAUAACAUAUCACGAACAUUUCUUGUGAACAUUUAUCUCCCCAAAAAAUUAAGACAUGAGGCAUUCAUUUGA